AUGCCUAGCAGACGGGCUUUUCACCACGUGGUUCUGGCGACUGUUCUGUGUAGUGCUGCCCAAGCUGCGCUCCUAUACGUCUCGCCAACAGGUACCGGCUCGGGCACUAUCGAUGCGCCCUUUGGUUCCAUUCAAGCUGCCGUAAAUGCCGCGGCCGCAGGAGACACGAUAUAUCUACGAGCUGGGAGUUACAAGCCGACAACAAAUAUACAGAUCACCAAGAGUGGUACUAGAACUUCGCCAAUCACCCUCAGACCCUAUGGGACAGAGAAGGUUAUUCUAGAUGGAGAAUCACUUCCAGGAACACCAUACGGCGUAGGCGAGUCUCUACCCAAUGCCGAGAGAGGGAUUCUCCACAUCGAAGGGGCAAACUAUUGGAAGUUCUACAAUCUAGAGCUUAUCAAUGGACCGUACGGCGUCUACGCACGUGAUGCCUCUCACAACUACUACGAGCUGCUCUCGACGCAUGGCAACUACGAAUCUGGGUUCCAGAUUCAAGGUACGUCCUCAAACAACACGGUGGUCUAUCUGGAUUCGUACCGGAACCGAGACCCGCGCAAGAACGGCGAGAGCGCCGAUGGCUUUGCAUGCAAGGAGGGAUCCGGCGAGGGCAACGUGCUGCGUAAUGCCCGGCUGUGGGACAACGUAGAUGACGGGCUCGACUUAUUCCAGUUCGGUUCCGCAGUCACUCUCGAAGAGGUCUACGCAUGGGGCAACGGCUUCAACCGCUGGGGGUUCACAGAGUUCGAGGGAGAUGGCAAUGGAUUCAAGCUAGGCAUCACCAACAACCCGCCGGCAAACCACAUCGUCAAGAAUUGUAUGGCCUUUGCCAAUGCCAAGAAGGGCUUUAUUGAUAACGGAAACCCCGGCUCGCUCACAUUCACUCGAAACACGGCCUGGAACAACGGUGACCUUGGGUUCCACAUGCGCAGCUCAGCAUCGACGCUGACCAGCAAUGUCGCAGCCCUGAACGUUGGCAGUGCGCAGGUCAGUCUGGUCAAGGGCAGCAAGUCCUCUGGAAACUCCUGGGACUCUUCGACCACCUGGUCCAACAGCUCUUUCAAGAGCGUUGACGCCACGACGCUGAAGGGCGCCAGAAACGCGGAUGGUUCCGUGCGCGGGUCCGACUUUCUGGUCCCGGCGUCGGGUGCUGCCAUCGGGGCGACGACAAAGGGCGCUGUCCGAUAG